UUGUGCAGUGCCUUGUUUAUAUAAUGCUAACCUAACUUGCUGGUUAAAAUACAAUUCCAGCUUUUAUAUGUGCAUAUCAUGUUCAAAGUUUACUUUGGUUUGACCUUACAAGUGUUUCACUGUUGUCGUGCUCUGAGUAAGCAUGAAAGUGAUUCUGCUGUGUGCACAGGAUUGGCAAAUUGAGUAUAAACUAAGUUUGUCUCCUGUAUGAAAAGCUAUGGCAUUAGUCUUUUAAGGUGAAUGAGUUACUUUUUGCAACCAUGACCUGUGAUAGCAAUCUUUUACAUCAGCCAGGCUUCAUGCCAUUGUGAUUCAGAUAAGAAGAAAGUACCAGCCUGUUAAAAAUGUUUCAUGCUUCCUGUUGACAAGUGCCUUUCUCACCCAGUUACCUGAACUUCUGUCAGGUUAACUGACUGAGGUGAAGACAGUGAAAUGAGAUCAAUGGCAUCUAAAAGCACAUCUCAAUCAUCUAGUACUCUGAUAACAAAAUGAGUUCUUUGUGGUCCAUCUUUAGUGAGGCUGGAAUGAUCGGAGUAUGGAUCUAUUAACUUUUCUAAAUGCAGGUUUCUCAGGUCUUGUGAUCUAGAAGUCAUUGGUGUGGUGGGCAGUGCCGUGAGAAGAUUAUUGAAAACAUUGUUAAGACUGCUGACACUAUUAAAAGCAGCGUAAAGGUUUUGUGGGAAGAGGAGAGCUUAACUUUAAAAAGUUUUGUUCCUUCUUCAAGUAAAUGAAGUUUGAAGUGAAAAUAACAUUGUCCAUUUGGGGUUUCUGCCUGCAUCUGUGGUCUGUAAUGAGUGGUUGGCUUAAGGGCUGCUUAAUUUAUGCCAACCUUCAACCUUUGCAGUUGGACUCUGCUUUGCUGUCAUGCACCAGUGAAGCUGUUAGCUAGAAACUGAGCACAAAUCUUGGAUGGGUUGGAAAUUGCCUUUUGCUUCAUACUACAGCUCCUCUUAGUCAUUUACUACAAUAAUAAAAUGAAACUGGCCCAACACCAAGCAACUCCAAAUCAGCAACAAGAAAAGGAACCCCGUUUCAUUUUUUCAUUAUUGGAGGAUCAAUAAUAUUCAGACAUGCUGUUUAAAUAUUAUGUAUCUAUCAUUAAAAGGUUUGAUUCUUCUACCUAAGUCUCUCGCUUGUUGUAAACUCUGAGACUUCCUGUGUAAUUGGAUAACUAGUUUUGGCAUCAUUUUGGGUCAUAGUUCCAUAAACAUUAAGCCAAUGCUGCCACCACGAGAAGCACUCUUGUACCAGCAUAAGCAGUUUCAGUGUACUUGUUUGUGAGGGGGGUGUCUUUGUGAUCCUUUUGCAGAGUAAAUUUUAAUUGGAAGUAAUGUUCUCGUCUGGCUUCCUGUGUGAAUGCCAGUGAAGUGGGGAAGAGGCUACAUCUCUCAGCAUUAUUUUGUAGUAGGUAGGACGGUAGGGAAAGGUAACCAUCUUAGAGAUUUUCCUAUUAUUGCUAUAAGGGCAAUUUUUUAACUAAGGAAAGAUAGGUAGCUAGUUUAGCGUAUGUUGCAGUGUAACUCAUUGACUGUUAGCAUUCGCGUGUGAUAAAAUAAUUAAUACAAGCAAAAAAUUUAUUUUGCAGUGCAUCAUUUUUCACCUGUUCGUUGCCUUUUAGAGCUCUGUGUAGCUUACAUCUCAACAUAAGGAGAGUUAGGCUGAUAACGGGUUGAAUGGCCGGGCCCAGAGGGUGGUGAGCAGUGGCACAAAGUCUAGUUGGAGGCCAGUAACUAACAGUGUACCCCAGGGGUCAAUUCUGGGUCCAGUCCUGUUUAACAUCUUCAUUAGUGGUCUGGAUGAUGGGAUAGAGUGGGCCGUCAGCCAGCUAGACCAAACUGGGGGGAGCAGCUGGUUUGCCAGAGCGUCAUGCUGCCAUCCAGAAGGACCUUGACAUGCUGGAGAAAUGGGCUGACAGGGACCUCAUGAAGUUCAACAAGGCCAAGGACAAAGCCCUCCACCUGGGGAAGAACACCCCCAUGCACUAAUAUAUGUGGGGGCUACCCAGCUGGAAAGCAGCUAUGCAGAAAACGACCUGAAGGUCCUGGUGGACACCAAGUUGAACAUGAACCAACAAUGUGCCCUUGUGUCAAAGAUGGUGAAUGGUACCCUCGGCUGCUUUAGACAAAGCAUUGCCAGCGGGUCAAGGAGGUGAUCUUUCCACUGUAUUCGGCACUGGUGAGGCCACACAUGGAGUCCUGUGGCCAGUUCUGUGUUCCCCAGUACAGGAAAGACAUGGACAUACUGAAGAGAGUCUAACGAAGGGCCACAAAGAUGAUUAAGGUACUGGAGCAUCUUUCAUCUUAGGAGAGGCUGAGGGAGCUGGGACUGUUCAGCCUGGAGCAGUGAGGGCUCAGGGGGAUCUCAGCAAUGUGUAUAAACACCUAAAGGGAGAGUGCAAAGAGGACGGAGCUGUGCUCUUUUUGGGGGUGCCCAGUGACAGGAUCAGAGGCAAUGGGCGCAAACUGCAAUGCAGGAGGGUCCAUCUGAACAUCGGGAAACACUUUCUUGCUGUGAGGUUGACCGAGCACUGGAAGGAGUUUGUGCAGGGAGGCUGUGGACCCUCCAUCCUUGCAGAUAUUCAAAAGCCAUCAGGACAUAGUCUUGGGCAACUGGCUGUAGGUGGGCCAGCUUGAGCAGGGGGAGGCUGGAACAGAUAACCCCCAGAGGUCCUUUCCAACCUCAACUUUUCUGUGAUUCUGUAAUACCCAACUUAUUUCAGAACCUGAGAAACUCUCAGAAGAGUCCAUAAAACUGAAAAAGUCAAUAUUUAUAGUGCUGUAGUCACAUCUUGCCUAUAUGACCAUUGAUCUGCCAUCACUGUCUUUAGUUACAACUGCUGCAGUUACCAUUUGUAUCCAAACUAUUAAAAAAAGUGGUAAUUUCUGUUUGGUAUAGCAUUUGCCUGUGUUUAGUCAGCGUGCAUGUGCUCUGUACUUCUGAGUUGCAAUUUCCUUGCUCUGUGAUAUUAGCUGUGGGCUGCAGCUCUGCCUUUGAGCCUCUAACCGAUGGUGCCCGUAACACUUGCACACCCUUUCCUCUGUCUUGCUCUCCAUGGCUCAGGUUCAGAACUUCUGUUGGAGGCAGAUGUCGGGUACUUAGCUGGUGUCUGUGUUCAUUUAAAUGAAAGUGAGGGAGAGUUGAGGGCUUCUUGGGUUUGUUUUUGUUUAAGUCUGUGACCAAAAGUAAUGCUCCGUCUCAACAGCUGAUGAUUUGGAUUAUUAAGUAUUGCCUUUAUCUGAAGCAGUGGUGUUCUCGAGGUCAUGUUUUAAACUUGCUGUGGUUGGCAAGUUAUAGAGAGUCCCACCUGCAAAUUUUCUCAAGAGGCUUUACAGUCUGUCUUACUCACUUUGACUGUGGUUUUUCAGUUUUACUCUGGGCGGGGAUGGGAAGAUCCUGUGCUUCUUAGCUUGGAAAAAUUAACUGUUUGAGCUAUUCCUUGCUAAGGGACACAAUGGAGAUCUCCCAUUUCCAGUUUCACUUGAAGGUAUUUUUGCCAAGUCAGUCUCAGGUGGCAACAGGAAAGUGAUUUCAGGCAGUUGUAGAAAAAGAAGAUAGAGGUAAGGAAUUCUCAUUUUAUGGAAUUAUUUUCUAAUGAAGUAAAACUUGCAGAUAUCAGUCUGUUCCUUCCCUUUAUCCAUUCAUUUCAGACCUCUGCAAAGUAAGAACUUGCAAAUCUGGUUUUAGUUUCUGCUCCAUUGUCAGUGCUAAAUUUCCACAGUAGUCUUAUUUGCUUUUUCUAGUGCUUUCAGGAUUACUUAUUCACCCCUGGAUAGCUCAUAUACAGCUAAAUAAGUAGUUCCUAAAGUGGUGGAAUUAAUGAAUUCAGAUUUCCUAUGGAUUUUCUCUGAAUAGUUCCAUUUUCUGGUGUCUAACAUCCAUUGAUCUUGCUUUUAAAUUUCCUCUUUGAAAGUGUUAAGAAAGCAUGCCUGUUUUCUUUGGUCGCCUGGGCUCAGAUAUCUUUAGUUUGGACCUCUCUGUUAAAUCUAAUUGAAAUAGUUUGCAGCUUUAUCCCUGCCAGUAUGACUCAAAACUGUCAAACAUCCAGAUCACAAGAUGAAUCUUUUAUUCCUGGAACUGAAGCAAUUUCCCAGUGGACCCACUUUAUAUAGAAAAAACUCUGAAGAGCAAAGGUAUGAGGUUGUGAAGGAGAAUGAGCCCUCUUAUGUCUGCUGAACCCUUUUCUGAGGAGCCUGGAAUGAAACACACACUGCAAAAAUGUGGGAUUUUUGUUUGGGGUUUUUGGGCUUGGGGGCAGAGUCUGUGUGAGUGUGUGUGUGUUUGGUUUUUAAAAGCUCAUUACAGCUGGUAAUAAUGAAAGCACCACUUCUGGAAUAAUGUGCUGGCCUUUUCUGAAGGACUUGGCAAUAUGCUGUCUAGACAGGUGCUUUGGAAGCGCUUUCAUAGAGUUGCCAGUUUCCACGAUUCUGAAGGUUGAAGGGAAGUUUCAUUAACUCUUGUAAAGUUAAUGUACUUAGAAAUCAUGUGUUUUAACAGUGGAGCUGGGGAGUAAGUUUGAUCAGCUUAUAGAUUUAAACUGAAAUACUCUUUUAUUGUACCUUCUGCGUUGGCCAUUUUUGCCUUUAGCCCCAGUAAGAUUCAUAGGGAAACCCUUUACUCUGGAUGGUCAGUGUUUGUAACCAAAUCUCAGGGUGGAUCUCUCCUGCAUGUUGUAAAGGAGCUUUGUGGUGAAGACCCAUACAAUAUUGCUUCCUGUACCAUAAACCCUUGGCAAGUUCUUAGUUUGUGUCAGAUUUCUCAAACCCCGAGCCUAUAAAAUAUUCAAGAACUUAAGUGUGCAAUCCUUUUUAGUUAAUGACUUACAUCUGAAAAGGUGAAUUAAAAAAAUUGACACACAAACUCUCUGGAUGCCCUGCACAUUUCAGUCCUAGCAUAUUUUGCACUGCUUGUUAGUUAUGAUCUUCAGGAGAGAGCAGCAAGUCAGUUUAGCACAUGUCUGUGUGUCUUGUGUAGCUAUCAGAAUCACUUGAUAUCUCCCCAAGAUCUUAUGCGGUUUUAUAAACAGACUAUGUGAGGAUCCUUUGUAGCUGCAGAAUAAAAAGAACUCAGGUUAAAACAAAAAAGUGAAAGAGAGAAUAGUAUUCUGGCUAUAUCAUUGUGGCCAAAAUGAAUGUUGUUGUUUUGAUUCUAAAUUGGUUAUCAAGCCCUGUGAUGAAGUAUUGCUCUUUGAAUAGAGGUUUCAUUUGGAGAUAAGGUCACAUCAGAAAGCAGAAUUAGACUGGCUCUUGCUGAAGCUGUAGCUUCUACAUUUGUCCAGUCGGUCUUUGGUGUUUCAAAUACAGCUUUCCUAUAUGGAUUACUUCCUCAGUUAUAAAUAAUCAUCUUGGUCAGUAUUCAGUGCCGUGAUGACUUACAUGUUACAGCUUUUUCCAGGAAAAAGAAAUUAUCUGUUCUUUAGGCAAUGUGCUGCCAGCAAGGUUUGGCUGACCAACAGGUGCUUUUGCACCAGAGUGGGAGCGCGUUCAGCCUCAGCCAUUGUGCAGGCAAUCUUUGUCAUCUAACACAGGUAACCUAACCCCCGUAGAGAUGAUGACCUGUUAUAGGAGGAAGUUGUCUGCAAUCCAUUUUGUAUCCGCUUAGCUUUUACCAGCAGAACAGACUUUUUGACUCCUUUGUCAAGCAUAGCAUAAUCAGAUAUCUAUCUUCUAUUUUAAAACAAUUUUCUAUUUUGAAGUGCGGAUCACUGGGCAUUGAAAACCAGGGAGAUGAGCAUUGUCUUGCAACUUGGAGACAUUCCUCAUACUUUCUUACUUCCUUAAUGAAAUUGGUACAUGAUAACUUGUGAAUCUUAACAAAACAUGUGAAGAACAUGAGGAUCAUGAGGAUUUUCCUCGUCAUUGCUUUCUGAUUUCCUAAAGAAAAGAGAGAUGUUCCCCUUAUUUUGACCUAAAGUAACUGAGGACACUCUUUAGGGUGACAGCUCUGGUCUUUGUGAUUCUAGCUUCUGCACUGAUUGUGCAAUUACAGCUCUUUACCUCCCAAAUGCCUGCUUCCAUAUAACAGUUCAUGCAGACCACAAGAGAUAGUUCUCAUAGGCAUAUUCCUUUACUCACACUGUGUCCCACUUCAGUCUGUUUCUAGUACCAAGAUCACCCACACAAUGUGUGAGGAUCUGGACACAAAAUGUCCAGAGAUACCUCUCCUUAAAUGGUUUUCAGAACAUCAUCGGCAAGUAAAAGACUUGGUUCAGUAGACAUGACCACUCUCUCUCCCCCUCUCUCUGCCCCUCCUCUAAGGUUUAAAAAUAAAUGAGGCCAUACUAACCUAGGAAGACUUGAGGGGCAAUAACAGUAGGGCAAGAAGAAUAAACAUGAGAGGUGGAUCUUUAGGUGAUUAAUAGGGAAGUUUCUUAAGCAGAUCUGGUCAGGAUUUCUCAGAAUGACCCUACAACUAUGCUAUCCUGAAACUGCAUGUUAGUAAAUGGUCACGAGCAAUUAUGUCUUUAAUAUUACAAAAAUUAUAAAUUAAAACCAAAAUUCGUGUAGAUAUAAGGGAAUAUCACCUGACUGAUAACUCUGCUUCUUCCUCCAAUGCUGUUAUAAAAAAAAGAGGAAGUUUUCUUUCUAGUGCCCUUGCACGUUCUUAUAUAAUAGCCUUACUGAAACUCUAUUUCUUUAAGUCAGCAGGAGGAAAAAUACCAACGUAUUUGAGUUUAUGUAGUACAAACAAAAGAAGUAAAGACAAAAUUCUAAAAGCAGUGAAGUUUUUUCCUUCUGUUAUUAUUUGCAGAGACCUUUUUUAAAAAAAAAGUGGCUUCUGUAACAAGUUUUAGCUUAUUGGCAUUGGUUUUCUUAACUUUUGUAGAAGCUCUGGGAACAGUGUGGUUGCCCUAGGAAACUGUCAGCUGGUUUGCAUCCAGAAUGUGUAUUCUGUGAAAUACACAUUCUCUCCUGCUCUUUAAUCCCUCAUACAUCUUCCCUGGCAAAAGGUGGUGCAUGUUGUGACCAGUCUGACGCCAGCUGACCAGCCAGCCCAUUCGUGCUAGGGAGCUGGUCACAGGUCCGAGCGGUAUCCAGGCAGUUAACUGCAGUGUCAGCACUGACCUUACUACUUCUCUGCUCACUCUUAGGUUUUUGUAAAUAUCUGGGAACUUCGUAUCUUUGGGAGGUUUCAUUUAGGUCAGUCAGUGGGCCCAGCUGUUGUUGUGAGUGGGUGGAUGAAGAGACACAGUACAGUAACAAGAAAACCAUGGUUCCUUCAGAAACCAAACUGAAAGAUAUCAAAGCGAUUUUUGCUCUUACCAGGAAAACCAGUCCUUUUCAAUUUCCUGUACAGUAGUCUUAACAGGUUACUUUUAUAGGCAAAAGCAGUUGGUAUACGUAGGUAACAAUCACAAAGAUAAGCUUUCAGAUUUCAUUUCCUGCAAUCAUUUUAUUAGGUAAAUGCAAAACUGAAGUGUUUCAAGGGGGAAUAAAGAAAGAGCAGUAAGUCAUGUCUUCUUAUCUCAAGGGCACCUUGCUUGUGAUUAAAAGCUUAGAUUAGAUCCCUGGUUGAAGCUAGCCUUGUUUUAAAACAUGCAUGGAAGAUUGGAAAAGAGAGCUCCAGCAGUCACUUGAAUGAAGAGGACACUGUCUUGCAGGAAAAAAAAAAAAGCAUUUUAGUAGUUAUAAUCUAUGCCUUGGAAUUUAUCUUAGUAAGUCAUGGCUAACUACAUGAGGUGUACAAAGCUAGUAAGGACUGUGAGAUUGUAGCAACGUAACAGUGUAAGCUUAAAGUAUUUUAAGAGGAGGAAAGAUUUGGACUGCUGGUAAUUUUACAGAGUAUGUGCAGUUGCGUGUUAAAAAGAUUCUUUCUGCCUCAUACAGAAGAAUGGAAUAGCUUUACUAAUUUGAGUAAGAUUGUUUUGUACAGCCAAAGAUAACAGAUUGGAAGAUUAUUUUCUUUUUGAAAUGAAUAUUAAGUUUGAAAAAACUUCCUAAAUAAAGAGUGAAAACUUAAUGUCAAAUAAAAUAACCUAAACUAAUGUUUUCUUAAAAAGCUAAAUCUGCUGAGUGCAUAUGUGUUGAAGAAAAGAUUUCAUAAAAUAAGUUGAUGAAUAAUACCUGCAAAGACGGGCGGUAGACAAGAAGACACUUCAAAACAAAUUGGUUUUGAGUUUGCUUAUCUACUUUUUCAGAGCCGGGGAUGACAUUGCAUUUAAAUUAAAAUUGGUAUUUCAAGUUGGCAUUGAGCUAUAAACUACAUGAGGCUUGAGGGAACCUUGGUAGCAAAUAUGUCUAAGUGUUGAAUUGCUUCUCCUUCAUUUGCCUAAAAAAUUUGGAAUUUGCUACAUUCUCUCUGCAGAAGACAUUCAGCUGAGUCAAGUGAGUGUAUUUAAUGAGUGAACUUAAAAUACAAUUGCCUCUGAGCUUAUAAAGCAAAUACAUGUCUUCUGCUUUAGAGAAUCAGUGAAAGAAUCUCUCUAUGAAGAAGUAUUACUUGGCAUGGAAGAAGUAGAGAGAAACCCAUUGUCAAAGGUCUGGUGAUACAAGAGCUGUGAGGAAGAAAUGGAGACAGUAUGAAUGUUAUUCAUCAGCCCACAGAAGUCUCCGCCUAGGCAGUUUUGGGUUUUUUGUUAGUGUUUGUCUGGGUUUUCUGGGUGGGUUUUUUUUGUUUGUUUUAAUUCGCAGAGCCCAUAUCUUCAGCAGCUCUUAAGAAUACCACCUCCCUUGUGUUGCCAGCUCUGUUUUGACGUGUAUCAAGUAAAACACAAAGGUUUUUGUCCUUACAAAAUAAGAACAGAAAAAAACCAACUUCAGUACACCAUGUUUCUUACAGCACAAUCUAUCAGUAGAAACCCCGGAGUUGUAUGCAAGUGCUGUUUAAUAAACUUAACCACCUUUUUUCAGUUAGAAAAUCAGAACUUGAAAUAAACUAGCUGGUUAAGCAAAUAAUAUAUACAGCCUUGAUUUUUCUUAUUGGUCCCACAAAACUGCUUUAAAACUUUUGGGGAAACAUAGGUUGAAUGGUAAUCUCUGAUAAACUUGAUUUAAAGUAAUUCCACAGUAAAGUGAAGUUAGAAUAAUAUUGAUUGCAUUCCUGUACCCUGUCUUCUAUAUGAAAUAGGCUCUGGAUCCCAGUAGAACUGAAGCAUAUCAAAUACAAACUUAAAGUUGUUUACAUUUGUGAGGCUUAGAGACUCAGCGUGGUAGCAUCUGGCUUGAAGUGUGCAGGGAAUGACAUCACUUGGAAGAAGCUUACUGACAUAAUUUUUUUUAAAAAAAAGGGGCAGGGGCAGAAGAAAGAAAUGGGGAGUCUUUGACAUGUUGUAAUAAAGACUGUCUAUUUUCUCAGGAUCAAAAAAUGGUUGGAAGCUGUAUUAAUAAAUUUCAGCACAAACUUCCAAUAAGGCCUUGCCUAUCUUCCCAAAUACUAUGUACAAUGAAUCAUUUAAGGCAUCUGCUCAGGAGGAAGAAAUAAGGCAAUUUGAAAACUGCAUAGGUCAUGACUAUGGGAGAUAGGGAUGCUGCUAUGAGGAAUAAGAAUUUUGCUGAGGGGAUGCAGACCCUAGGCAGAAGCAGCUUGAAUAUAAGGGGUGUGAAGAGCCCACAUUGGGAGGGAGAAGUGGGUGCUCCAACUCGGGGCAGAGAGAUGGUGGGGUUGUGGCUGUGAUCUGGACUGUGUGCAGGGAGAAGCAGGUGGAGUCAGAACAACUGUCUAUUCUGUGGGAGAGUAUUUGUGGGUAGGUGCUGUUUUACACCCUUUACCUUUGCACAGUUGUGCUUUAUCUGUAGCCUUGCAUGGUGGUUGGUCAUCUAAAUUCGCAUUAAUGCUUUAUAUAGUAAAUAUACUGUAAUACCGAAAUACUCCUCUGGUUCUGAAGUUGUAUAAACUUGCAAGAUUUAAAAAGUAUGGUUGCUUGGUGAAUACAUCAGUCUUUCAAAAAUGCUAAGUUCACCAAAAUGAAGACCUCUCUCAUCUUUUUGCUCUGAUUUCCAACAUACUUGCCAUGGUCUAGUAAUGCCCAAUAACAAAUUGAUCAACUCUGUCCUUACAGAUGGUGCAGAAAAGUCAAAAAACAGGGUACAUGAUGCAAUCCAACAUCUUCCUUUUUCUAAGCAUAAUGUUUGUGAGCUUUGCUGUACCAGGACUAUAUCCACAUGUUCUGUGCUCACAUCCUUACCUCACUAAACAGAAACAGUACUGUAUACACUAAAUUAAAUUACCCCUUUGCCCCCUUGAAUAGCCCUUUUACCAGAUACACAGUAUUGUCUUAUUGAUGGAUAUAUGAGAGCAUAGUUAUCGGCUAGCCGCUCUACUUCUUGUGUCUUUGCUGGUGGCCUUAACUGAUACAGAUUCUGCUGGGCUGCUUUGGCAUAACUGAAAAAAAAACACUGAAACAAGGUGUGCUGACCUCAGUCUCUCAAUGUAUGUGUGAACACCUCUUCUGGUUGCCAGCAGUGUAAAAGACGGCUGGGCUCUAGCCAGAUUUUUUUUUCUUCUUAAAUAGUCAGAAUAACACACCUUCUAAGCUCUGCCAGCUAACCUCUUCAUUGUCACCUGAUACAACAAAUGCAGCUAGGAUAAGUGAGUAAGUACUACUGAUGGUCACCAGCUAUGCGCAGGAGGGAUAUAAGUUACAGAUUACUUGUUUGGAAAACUGGCUUUCAGAGUUGUGAAUUGUCACUAACCUGGGGGACCUGAGAUACCAACUGGACUGGUCUUACUAUGUAUAAACAAAAAUGAAAUUGUUAGUGAAUUAAGCUAAGUGGAUUUGCAGGAUAAGAAAUCUGUUUUUAAGAUGAAGUAACAUAAGGUAAUUUAUAAGAGUGAAUGAAAGUGCUGAAGUUGCACCACUACUUUCUCCAACAGUAAAAAAUCUGUCAGGCUGUCAGGUUUUUUUCAUAAUUUAUGCAGAGCAUGAUUGUUGAGAAUGGAGAAAGCAAAGCCUGUGGAGAAAUAUAAACAGAAAGUGAUGCAUUCCCAUUGAUGGGCUAGGGAAGUCUGUGGUGACUGUGUUUCAGGUAGGCUGUAUGUAACGCCCAGUGGAGCAGUGUAAUGCUGUAAAUUGUCCUGGAGAGGCCUGUGUCUAAUUUUGUGGUGGUGUGAACACUGUUGGGUAGGUGGAGGAGUUGAAUUAGGUUCCCGAAAACUACAGGCACUUUGAGUGGAUCUAUUUGCAGGAUAUUGCCUGCUUGCUUGCUUCAUGGUUUGCCAAUGUUUCCCGUGUCUUCAUGGGAAUAGAGGAAGUACUUAAAGAAGGGGCAGAGUGGUAAAGAGCAUCAGGCUUAAUGUUUCUCCUCAGUUAAUCUUUGCUGAACGAGAGUGCUACGUUCAAUUAACCUUUUAGAGUAUAAAGACUGGAGAACAGCACCCGAGCUCUGUUCUGCUGCAACACAGAUCAUUUCAGUUAACUUUACACAGACAUACACAGAGGUGUGUGCACAGAGCCCUUUCCAAAGUGUAUGCUUUGGUGCUUUGGGAGCUCUAUAGGUGGCUGGCUUUCUGUUUCGUAAGGAUUUUGUUUUGUUUGGUUUUGAUGUCAGUGUCGGUAAUGGUAGGCUUAGUUUACAUUAAGAACUUCUUGAUGUUGAAAGUUAUAUUAAAAACCACCCCCACUUCCUUACAGUACAAACAAACAAACAAAAAAAUACCCUAAAGAUACGAAGCCUGUUAAAAGAAGCUGAUGAGCUUUCCAGGAGGAGCCAGGGAGAGGUGAAGCCACGAGGAAUCUGGGGGCCCAUGGGAAGAGUUGCAGUAACAGGCUCUCUUCUCCGAAACCAUGCCAGAGAUGACAGAGAAUGAGACACCUACCAAGAAGCAACAUCGAAAGAAAAACCGGGAGACGCAUAAUGCAGUGGAGAGACAUCGAAAGAAGAAGAUUAAUGCUGGGAUAAACAGAAUUGGAGAACUCAUUCCCUGCUCUCCAGCACUUAAGCAGAGCAAGAACAUGAUCCUGGAUCAGGCCUUUAAAUAUAUAACAGAAAUGAAAAGACAGAAUGAUGAACUUCUGUUAAAUGGAGGGAACAAUGAACAGGCUGAAGAGAUAAAAAAACUCCGGAAACAGUUGGAUGAACUGCAAAAGGAAAACGGGAGAUACAUCGAACUACUGAAAGCAAAUGAUAUUUGCCUGUAUGAUGACCCUACAAUCCACUGGAAGGGAAAUCUCAAAAAUGCGAAGGUCUCAGUCGUUAUUCCUGGUGAUCAGGUACAAAAGAACAUCAUUGUCUAUUCAAAUGGGAGUCAACCCAAUGGAAAUAACCAGGGAGCGUCUGUCCAAGGAAUAACGUUUAACGUUGGUCAUAAUUUACAAAAGCAAACAGCCAAUGUUGUGCCAGUCCAGAGAACUUGCAACCUAGUGACUCCUGUGACAAUUUCUGGUAUUUACCCCACAGAAAACAAGCCAUGGUCGCAAACUACAGUUUCUUCGCUGGCAUCCGCUCAGGCAGCUCCAGCAGGGAAUGUUCUUGAGCUUUCCACCCCGGAGAAUGAGCGAGGCAUGCUCACUGCUGCUACUGCCAGCUCACAGAGCACAUCUCGAUCUGGAACAGAACAGGAGCUACAGUGCUCUUCAAGUAACACACCACAGAAUGAUCAAAAUCUCCCCAAAAGUAAAAAUGAUGAUGACAGCACUAAAUUAGCAAAGAAAACACUCACGCAGGGAAUCAGCCUUCCUUCCAGUGCCUCCACGGAAGCCUCCCAAGUUCAACAGGUGAAUACAACUUGCUCAAAUACACACAAUUCUAGGAGUGACCUUCAGGAAAGCUGUGUCAUUUCAACCACGGACACAGCAUGCGUGCCAUCUGUGAUACUGUCUACUGCAGGGAGUUUUCCCUCUGUAAAUGUCCUGAGAAGUACAGACUUAGUAAGUACUGCUGGAACGCCUGUGACUUCUGCAGCAGAAGGGGUUAAGGCUGUGACGGUAAUAAGCACUCUGCCUGCCAGUCCACUAGAGAACUGCUGGUCAUUUUCAGGCUCUUCAGGUGUUGGCACUUCAGACUUGAAAAACAUGAGUAGCCUUACACGGAUGCCUUCAGCUGGAAACACACAGACCACAUGGACGACUUUGCAGCUAGCGGGAAAUACUGUUCAGCCACUAAGCCAAACGCCAUCUGGUAUAAUGACUGCACUAUUAAACGAGCCAGUUAAUGGUGCUGGUACUGUAUCUUCUGCUCAGAGCAGGCCUUUGACUGCAAGUAUCAGUUUGAAUACUUCUCUGCCCGGAGAUGGCCAGGCAGCUGAACAGAUUGUAGUUACCUUGCCCUCGUGCCCACCCUUACCUAUGCAGCCAUUAAUCAGCCAGCCACAGGUUAAAACUCAGGCUGCAGGAAAUAUCCUUCCAUUAAAUUCAGCUAUGCAGGUGAUUCAGAUGGCUCAGCCAGUCGCAUCAGCUGUUACAGGAGCACCAGCUAACCAGAAUGUCAUCAUCCUCCAGCCUCCAAACCCCGCUCCGUGCCCUCCGAUUGUGAGAGCAGAAGUUCCCAGCCAAAACGUUAGUCAGCAAAUUGUAAUUAUACAAGCUGCUAAUCAGAAUCCUCUUCCCCUCCUCUCUGCUCAGCCUUCUGCUUCUGUAAGAGUUCCUGUGAAUGGGCCGACUGCAAUCGCGAAUUCUAGCAGCUCUGUACAAAAUGCCCCUCUUCCGCAGACUUUUGGAGGGAAACACCUUGUCCAUAUAUUACCAAGACCAUCUUCUUUGCCAUCUUCUAGCUCUACACAAACGUUUUCAGUUACAAUGUCAAAUCAACAGCAUCCUCAAACGAUCUCAUUAAACGGGCAGCUUUUUGCGUUGCAGCCUGUGAUGUCUUCAUCUGGAGCUUCGAAUCAAGCCCCUAUGCAAAUUAUUCAACCCACCACCAGCGAAGAUCCAAAUACCAAUGUUGCCCUCAAUACAUUUGGUGCUUUAGCUAACCUCAAUCAAAGCAUAUCGCAAAUGGCUGGACAGAGCUGCUUACACUUGUCUCUCAGCCACCCUACCAAUCCCACAACUGUCAAUAACCAGAUUGCCACAGUUAACUGUGUGUCGUUACCAACUUCUGUGGCAUCUUCAGUACCUGCGGAGGUUUCAGUAUUAACUAGUGUGUCUAAUUCAAUAAAUGCUUCCCCAAAAAAAGCAGCUGCCGCCUUGCCAUCCAAUGCAAAAUCAAAAAGAACUACCAAAAAGCCAAGUACAAAGAAACAGCAAGCAGUCAACAGUAAGGUGUCCUGUCCAGCCGUUCCUUGCAAAGAUGCAGGGAAGGUGGACUGUGCUCCCGUGGAAACGGCGGCAAAGCAUUCAAACAGUGAGGGGCUGCUUGAAAAUGCUCCAGCAGAAUCGCAAGCUUUAAUGACAUCGCAGGCGAGCGGUGUGGCAGCAUUGAGUGGCGUCAGUGUUUCUGACUGUCAUUCCAAAGAUACUGUGAGCUCUGAACAGGCGGCAAAAGCCUGCUCUGUCCCCAAGCCAAGCUUGGCAGAGGCACCUGCUUCCUUGCCACCGGCAUCCAUGGCGUCAGAGCAUCUGGCGCUCGUCCCGAUGACUGCCAAAGAUGAUGCUCCUCGCCAGCAGGCCCGCGGAUCUCAGGACUGUCCACCGACUGGCUCUGCCUUGUCAGAGCCUCCCAAACCCUGUGAGCCCCCCAGCACCUUAACAUCCUCUCGUACCGAAACACAGGUAACACAUUCUCAGGUUGCUGGGACGUCAGCAGCACAGAGCAGCACAGCGGAACAUAGUUCCAAGGCAGGAAUGAUUUCAGAGUCCUGCAACGUUGUGCAGGAUUCCUCAGUGGUAAUGCAAGAUGCAGACUUGUUAGAAGGACAGGGCCUAACCAAAAUGCUGUCUGAUCUCACAAAAGAAAGAACAGCUGUGGAAAAAACCUCAUCAUUUACCAUUCAGGGGGAGCAUUCUAAUUUUCCCAUGGAAAACUCUAAAUCAGCAGAAUCAAGUGUUGAUUUGCCUGAGAAGCAGGAACUCUUGCUAAUGAAUACAGAAGGUGAUACUCUUUCCCAGCAUCACUCCUGCAUUUCUGAUCAGGAAGUAGUCAGUGCUUCCCUUAUGACUAGCAGGCAGGCAGACUCCCCCAUGUCAACUAGCUCUGGCAGCAGUCGGGGCUUCUCGGUUGCAUCUAUGUUGCCAGAUACCACCAGAGAAGACGUGACUAGCAGCACCUCAACCAGUACAUGUAACAGCUGCACAUUUUCAGAACAGACUGACAUUGUAGCUCUCGCAGCAAGAGCUAUUUUUGACCAGGAAAACCUUGAGAAGGGUGGAGGAGGUAUACAGGUUAACGUGAGGGAUGCCAUCUCUAAGUCAACUGAGGUUGCACCUUUGGAGAGAGAGCAACAGCCUUUUAAACCUCAACCACUGAAAGAAAGCAAUGCAGGGCCAUUGGAAGCAGCACCAAACAAAUUCAGUGCUCAAGAUACAGUACAGACAAAUGUCGACAGACAGGUUGAAAAGCCAAGCUGCUCUGUUGGAGGUGUGGAAACAUCAAACACUUCCUUGCAGAUUUCCGCUUCCCAGUCACCCAGCAUAACCAGUUUAAGUGUGAAUAAUCUAAUACACCAGAGUCGCAUUGUCCAUCCCCUUGUGAGUUGCACGAGUUUAUCCCAGUCUUCAGAGCCAGCAAGCGUCCCUGCGACUGUGAGCCUCUCCCUUCCGUCUAGCACAUAUGUCAAUCAGUCUCCAGGACCCGCUAUGAUGAGUGAAUAUGCUCAGGAACAACUGAAUGCUAUUAGGGCAAGCACCAUGCAGGCACCCCAGCUGCAGGAAUCGCACUUAAAGCAGCAAAAUCAUGAAGGUCGCAAGGACUCUGCCAAGCGGGCUGUUCAGGAUGACCUCCUGCUUUCUACAGCAAAGAGGCAAAAGCAGUGCCAGACAACACCCGUAAGGCUUGAAGGGAUGGCAUUGAUGACCCGAACACCAGAGAGUAUUGCUGAUCAAACACAGAUGCUAGUCAGUCAGAUUCCUCCUAAUUCAUCCAACUCGGUGGCAUCAGUGAACAAUCAAGGGCACGCUGAUGGCCUUAAUAGGUUAUUCCCAUCAAACGGCAACUUUGUAACACCAGCUUUGAGACAAACUGAAGUUCAGUGUGGUUCUCAGCCACCAAUUUCAGAGCAAGGCCAGGCAGGGCAGCACUUGCAGCCAAUUCAACAUGUUCCCGCUCAAGGCAUAUCUCACCUUCACAGUAAUCAUCCAUACUUGAAGCAACAGCAGGCUGGUCAGUUAAGAGAACGGCACCACUUGUAUCAGCUGCAGCACCAUGUCACUCACGGGGAAAGUUCGGUCCACUCUCAACCCCACAGUGUCCACCAACAGCGAACAAUACAGCAGGAGGUGCAGAUGCAAAAGAAACGAAAUCUUAUUCAGGGAACACAAGCCACACAACUUUCUCUACAGCAGAAACACCACGGAAGUGAUCAAACACGGCAAAAAGGUGGUCAGCCUCAUCCUCACCACCAGCAAAUGCAGCAGCAGAUGCAGCAGCACUUUGGAGCUUCCCAGCCUGAAAAGAACUGUGAAAACCCUGCAACAAGCAGGAACCAUCAUAGCCACCCUCAGAGCCAUAUAAAUCAGGAUAUUCUGCAUCAACAGCAGCAAGAUGUUAGCAGCAGACAGCAAGGCUCAGCCUCUGAACAUGUGUCAGGGCACAAUCAGAUGCAGAGACUUCUGACCUCAAGGGGCUUAGAGCAGCAAAUGGUGUCCCAGGCAAGUAUCGUAACCAGGCCAUCAGAUAUGACUUGUACUCCUCACAGGCAGGAAAGAAACAGAGUUUCCAGCUACUCUGCUGAAGCGCUUAUUGGGAAGACGCCCUCCAAUUCAGAACAGAGAUUAGGAAUAUCUCUUCAAGGCCCUAGGGUUUCUGACCAGCUUGAAAUGCGAAGCUAUCUUGAUGUUUCUAGAAACAAAGGGUUGGUCAUUCAUAAUAUGCAGGGCCGCUUAUCUGGCGACCAUACGCUUGGCUCAGAUGUGCAGCGGCUUUCUGAUUGUCAGACAUUUAAGCCAGCUGGACCCAAUCAACAACCGACAGGCAAUUUUGAUGUACAGGCUUCAAGAAACAGCGAAAUUGGUAAUUCUGUGUCAUCCCUCAGGAGCAUGCAGUCGCAAGCUUUUCGAAUCGGUCAAAACACUGGGCCAUCACUAGAAAGACAAAAGAGAUUGCCCUACCAGCCAGUACAGGGUAUUCCAACAGGAAAUACCCUGCCAUCAAGGGAAAAUGAAAACACAUGCCACCAAAGUUUUAUGCAGAGUUUACUUGCCCCUCACCUUGGAGAUCAAGUUAGUGGAAGCCAAAGAUCAAUCCCAGAACAUCAAAGGAACACACAGUGCGGCGCCGCCUCCACAAUUGAGUACAACUGUCCCCCGGCACGGGAGAGCGUCCACAUCCGAAGAGAUGGUGAUGGCCAGAGUAGGGAGAGCUGUGACAUGUCUAUUGGUGCAAUUAACACAAGGAACAGUUCUUUGAAUAUUCCUUUUUCAAGUUCUUCUUCCUCGGGAGAUAUUCAGGGUCGCAAUACAAGCCCAAACAUCUCUGUGCAGAAGUCCAACGCCAUGAGGAUGACGGACAGUCAUGGAACUAAAAGCCACAUGAAUACGCCCGUUUCUAGCAACAUGCACGGAGUUGUGAGGCCAACUCACCCUCACUCUGCAGUUUCUCAUGGAAAUGCCGAGCAAGGGCAACCUUCUGUUCGUCAGCCAAAUUCUUCAGUUACUCAGCGGUCAAGGCAUCCUCUGCAAGAUAACGGAGGUUCUAAAAUACGUCAGCCUGAAAGGAAUAGAUCUGGAAACCAAAGGCACGGAAACGUCUUUGACCCUAGUCUUCCCCACCUUCCUCUGUCCACCAGCGGCAGUAUGAUCCUUGGGCGCCAGCAGUCAGCAAUAGAAAAAAGAGGAAGCAUUGUCCGAUUUAUGUCUGAUGGCCCCCAGGUGUCUAACGAUAAUGCAGCCCCUGACCAACAUACUCUCUCUCAGAAUUUUGGAUUCCCUUUUAUUCCUGAGGGCAGCAUGAAUCCACCAAUAAAUGCCAACACCUCUUUCAUCCCACCAGUCACUCAGCCCAGUGCCACUCGAACACCAGCUCUAAUCCCAGUGGAUCCCCAGAAUACCCUGCCAUCCUUCUAUCCUCCUUACUCGCCUGCCCAUCCUACCCUUUCCAAUGACAUUUCUAUCCCUUACUUUCCCAAUCAAAUGUUCCCUAACCCAAGCACAGAGAAGCCAAGUAGUGGAAGCUUAAACAAUCGGUUUGGAUCCAUUUUGUCUCCUCCCAGGCCUGUUGGUUUUGCUCAGCCAAGUUUUCCUUUGCUUCCGGAUAUGCCGCCAAUGCACAUGACCAACACGUCGCACUUAUCCAAUUUUAACUUGACAUCUUUGUUUCCAGAAAUAGCCACAGCUCUUCCUCCAGAUGGUUCAGCAAUGUCGCCUUUGCUUUCCAUUGCAAACACAUCUGCUUCAGACUCUUCCAAGCAGUCCUCAAACCGACCUGCCCACAAUAUAAGCCAUAUUCUAGGUCACGACUGCAGCUCAGCUGUAUGAAAACUGAUAGACUGACUUCUAGUCUGAUGCGUUGUUUAUGUAUUUAAGAAGAAGAAAGUGGAUCUUACUGGCAUCCCUGAAGAGACCAUUCAUAGCAUCACUGUUUAUUUGCCUAAAUGUAUGUAUAUGGGUACUUUUUGUAUUUAUAUACACGCAGUAUUUCCAUCCACCUUACUAACUUUAAAGCACCAGUGCCUAUAGCAAUGCUUACUUACUAGUAAACAGUAAGGAUGCAACAUUUAGAGCUGUGCAAAUAUUGGUUGUUGAUUUUCCAACAAUCAAGUUUGAUGUCCGAUUGUUCCAGGGUAAGGGCCGCCCUCAGUAAUGUGUGGAUGUAAAGAAAGGAGUGCGAGCAGCCAUGUGGGAGGCAGGAAACAAAUGCUACAGGUGUCGUUCUGUUUCUGAUGCGUUUACCCGAAACUACAGAGGAACUUGAAGUGGCGUGGGUUUCUCUUUUUCUUUUGUAAAAUAUAACUUCAGGAGCCUCAACACAAGUCAAGUCUGUGUUAGCCCAGCGUUAAUUGAUAAAGACAUUUGUUAUGCAGCUUUUGUCUGAAGCUUGUCACGUGCACUUGACUUAAAGCUGACUUUACCUGGCAAAAAUGACUAUGUGAUUCCAUGGUCAGCAAUUAAAAAUACUGGUUUAGAAAAUUCAGAUUUGUUUAACCCAUGACUUUCUGUUUCUAAGAAGACUUUUGUUUGGAUCUGUUUUAACAAUGGCUUCAGUUACUGCAGAACUUGGUCAAUGGUUCAGUGUAGCUUACGCUUCUGGUGUAGUCAGCGGAGACAGUGGUUGUAUCGGUUGCCAUUUCAUUGUUCGUAUGCUGCAAGUUACCUCAGGGUGGGUUUUGUACCUUGUUUAGCACCUUCUUAAUGUCUUCCCCCCCACCCCUCCUUUUCUUUGGCCCAUGCUCAAACACCAGCUUCCUGGUUCCUGUGAGUGCCAACCCUUUGUUGUACCAGGCAGCACAUGGGAGGAGGGCUGAGCCUGUGGCAUCCCGCAAAAUAAGCAGCGGAUCCCUGUGGGCACAGUUUUUACUUAACGUUGCUGACAGGAUCAGGCCCGAGUAAAUAUCAGUACUUUGCACUUGAAUGCACCUUUUGUCUAAACCGCUAUGAUUGCAGCUGAAGGAGGAACACGAAUGUGUCCGGACCGAAAGGCUGUGUACCAGGAAGACGUGAUUUGAGCACUACGAGGGAGGGGGAUGCGUUUGUAUGGGCAUGAGAGACAGAGUGAAUGUGCAUGCACUGGCUGAGCCUCCAGUACUUUCACAAAUUUCAGUCCCGUCUCUUUUAAAGGGAAGAGAAGAACUAGGUACGUUUUAUUUAUUUAAUGGAUCUGCAGUGUGAUUUUUCUUAAAAUAAGGCAGAAGUAUUUGUCUUUUAAUUUUAUGUGUUUGGAAAUACCAUUCUGGUUUUGAUUCUUCAAAUAACAGAAUAACUUCAGGCUUUCUUGCAUGCAGCCCUCCCCCUACCAGCCAUGGAGUGGCAAAAACUGCUCCAGGGCUUCUUCUCUGGGGAGGGCAAGGUUGAAACACUUGUGUGUUGCUCACCAGUCUUGCUGCUCUUGGGACCUGUCACGGGCUCUUCCCCAAUGGCUCUGCUAGUAGGGGAGUGGGGAGGAAAAGGCUCCCUGGGUUUUUUUUUUUCUUUGAAACAUAGAAAGGAAGAUAUUCCUCCACCUUCAAGAAUGGGAUCCACAAAGAGGGACUUGAAAGGUUUUUUCCAUACCUUGGCUGCUCAGGCCACAUUUUUGCUAAGUCCUUUUACACUGAUCCAGGACAGCAAAGAGGCUUUAGCAUAAAAAGGAAUUGGGCUGUGCCUGUAGUCUGUCCUGACAAUGUCUCCGCUCUUGUAACCUGGGGUCUGAUAUUUUCCUGCAAAGCAAACUGAAAUGGUUCUGAUUCAAAUUGGGAAUCACUUUUUAAUUCAGAUUAAGCUUAUCAUAGGACACUAAAUCAAAGUGGUGCAUCAGUUCUCUGUGUUUCUUAAAAAUAAUAGAUUGAAUAUUUAUUUUGCUCCAAAGCAAAGCAGCUAGUCUGAGUUUGACUGAGAAAUGGGCUGCCAAAGUGUAGCUACCGACCGAACACCGGCAACUGACCUGUGCAGAGCAGGAGGGUCAGGAAUGAUGGUCGGUCCUCAACUCUGACUAAGCACAUGGCAGGUCUGGGUGUUAUCUGAUGAGGCUUUCCAUAACACAGUAGAUCCCAAAGGGGCUGCCUCAAGUGGUGAAAUGAGUUCCAUAGUGGCUCUGUGGGUUGUGGAUGAUAAAGACGGGUACUGAAUCAGCAGCUACACUGUGCGUUACAAACUUGUCUAGACCUUUAAGAGGGAAGCAAAACAGCCACUCUUGCUUUCUUUAAAUGGCAUUGUGUGUACAAUGGUGCAUUUGGCUUUCAAGACAAAGUAGUGAAACACCAAGUGAUACCAAACCGGGAGGUGCUGUUGACUCUCUUGAGGGACAAGAUGCCUUGCAGAGGGAUCUGGAUAGAUUGGAGCAUUGGGCAAUGAUUAAUGGCAUGACAUUUAACAAGUCUGAACGCUGGAUUCUGCACCUGGGACAGAGUAACGCUGGGCCCAAGUAUAAACUGGGAGAGGAGGGGCUGGAGAGCAGCCCUGCAGAAAGGGACCCGGGGGUGCUGGCUGACAGCAGGCUCAAUGUGAGUCAGCAGCGUGCCCCGGCAGCCAAGAGGGCAAACCGCAUCCUGGGGAGCGCCAAACGCAGCAGAACCAGGCACUCAGAAGAGGUGAUUUUCCUGCUGUAUUCAGUGUUGGUGCGGCCUCAGCUUGAGCGCUGCGUGCCAUCCUGGGCCCCACCACCUCAGAAGGAUGUGAAGGUCCUUGAAUGCCUGCAGAGGGGGUAACAAAGCUGGUGGCAGGGCUGGAAGGCACAUCCCGUGAGGAGCAUCUGAGGACUUUGGGCUUGUCUAGUUUGGCAAAAAGGAGGCUGAGGGGCAACCUCGUUGCUCUCUACAGCUUCCUGAGGAUGGGGAGAGGAAGGUGCUGAGCUCUUCUCCCGGGUACCCAGUGAUAGGAUGUGUAGGAAUGAUUCAAAGCUGCACCAGGGGAUGUUUCAGCUGGACAUUAGGAAACAUUUUUUUACUGUGAGGGUGGUCAAACACUGGAACUGGCUUUCUAGAGAGGUGGUGGAUGCCCCAAAUGUGUCAGUGUUUAAGAGGCAUCUGGACAAUGCCCUUAAUAACAUGCUUUAACUUUUGGUCAGCCCUGAAGUGGUCAGGCAGUUGGACUAUAUGAUUGUUGUAGGUCCUUUCCAGCUGAAAUUCUAUUCUAUUCUACUCUACUCUAUUCCAUCCUGUUCUGUACUAUUCUAAAUAUUUAUUCCUUCAUAUUGAUUUCACUAUUAAUUUCACUGGUGUUAUAUCAACGUUAAAUGCUAUCCUGAGUAUUCACAAUAGACUGUCAGCUGUGAUUGGUGGCUUGUUUGGUUUUUUUCAUGUUGGACAUCAUUUUCUGAAUAAGCAGUAACUGUGUCAGUAACUUUCAUGUGCCCUUUUUCAAUUUACAAAGACAACCAGAAACAGCGGCCUUGUUCACAGGACACCUGUAGUGCAGGCAAUCACAACACAGGCACUUUAGUGAUACAAAGACUGUUGUGAUUUUGCAGGAACUGCACAGUUUUGCAGUGUGUGGCUCAAAAGUAAUUACCAUGUGACUGACCCUCUGUCACCUCUAGAGGACUGUACCCUGCGGUGUUGUGACAGGGCCCGGUGAUUCCUGCGUAAUCACCACGUCACUUCAUUGUCCUUCUCAGGACUUUUUCUGAAACCUGCCGAGACCAGGAUUGAGAAAUAUUUCAUUGCCCUCCCUGAACACGGCAAUUUCUGCUGAAGUUCAACCACAUACCAGUAUGAGUCUUUUUACAUGCCCUCAGUGAUGCUGUGUGGCGUUGGUGUAGGAUCGGGGUGACUGCUGUGAAAAGGAGGUUAGGCAGACCUAUCUGCAAGAGCUUCAUUAUAACCGCAUUUGUCCAAAUUCUGUUAUUUUCAGUGCUAACUGGCUUUUAGAUCGAUUUAAUUAAAGAAUUGGCUCUACUCUGGAGUCUUUUGGUCUAAUUGACUGUGCAAGAUGGUUUUUGGAUGCUGAAUCUGGCCAGGUCCCCUGGAUUAAGAGCAACUUGUGGGUUUGCCACAGAUUUCAGCUUCUCACACAUUUGUGCACAUAUGCUGUUAGGAAGAACAGUGGCUCGACUGGAUAUUUCACAUCAAAAGACAGGAAAUUAGAUGUUAAGUAAUUUUUGUUAGCUUUUAAUUUUGACGUUGGUUUAGUUUUCCUCUUCCCUGUAAACUAACCACCCCUGCAGGUCUGCAUGGACCAGGCCACGGCUCAGCUCUUGCGUUUAAUGUUUUGUAGGUCAGUCUGUGCCACUGACAGGUUAGUGUUUCAGCUCUUCCAACUGCUGGCCCUGUCCCAGGGCUUUGGGCUCCGCUCUCAGGAGUGGAAACUAUUAUUUUUUCUUCCUUUUUUCUUCUUUUUUUCUUCUAUUUUUCCUUUCCCCAACCAUUGAAGCUGUUAUGUUCAGGUAUCAGGUUGAUAAGACUUUAAGGCAGGCUCACCUUACCUUGAUAUAUGCUUUCGAGGGGGGGAAGUUUGAAAAAGGAGCAUCUGUUAAUUUUGCAGAUCAAACAAUCAUUGUUACCAUAACAAUUUGACAAGAAAAAUACAUUUUCUUCUGCAAACAACUAUGACACCAACAAUUUGUUAUCUUGUUCUCCUAAGACUUACCCAGCAAUUAACAUUUCCUUUGUUUUUCCAAAUACAUUUGGAAAAGGUUUGUGGUUUGAAUUGCCAUUCGUUCGUUCGAGAAUGGCAUUUUCUCUUCCAUAAAACCUUCAUGAAGGUUACUUAUGCUAAGUGGGGGUCGUUUUGGUUUUGAAGAAAAGGAAAAAAAAACCUGAGUGCUGCCUAAUUUAGCAAAAUCAGCAACAGGAGGGAAAGGUUCAGCACUGCCUCUAGGGUGGGACUGCCACAGCUGACAAGCGUCGUGUAGCUGUGGCUUUCAGCUUGGCCUAAAUGGCUUCAACAAACAAUAGCAAUUGGUACCGGGCUGGAUUGCCGGUGUGCCAGCAUAGUCCUUGUUUAAUCCCUUAAACAGCCUAGGAGAAUAAGAGCCGAGUCAGACUAAGUUGAAAGCAGGCAAUAAAAUAGUAAUGUAGUACCAUUAUAUACCUUUUCAUAUAGAGAGAGGACCUCAUUUAAGAGCAGCUAAGGAAACUGAGAACUGAUUUGGGCUGGUGGCUGAGCCUUACUGGAUUGUGUUUGCUAGCUUCUGCCCCUGCUCCAGUCACUAUGCUGCUGCCCGGGUGGAAGAGCGCUUCUCGGGGGGGUGGGGAACAAACCAAACCAAAACGCUGUGCUAGUACAGAGCCUCCUGAAUUUUGCACAGAUUUCCUACUGCACUUUAAAGCUGCGCUGAUGUGGUUGGUGACUGUAGUGCUGUUGAAGGAAGCAAAUCGUGGCAGGGCAACUGCAGAGGGCAUUUCUGGAAAAAAGGGGUCAUUUCAUUAUUUGUGAUCCCCCGUUGUCGCUUCGCCUUUAUGCAGAGGUGCUUGCGAGAAGGGAAGCAAAUAUGAAUUUUGCCCUGGCUCAAGGGCUUGGUCACAAACUCCUGCUGUUCUCUGCUUCUGGAUGACUAAGCAUAGUCAGCUGUGCCAAGAGCUGUGAUCUUCUGCGGGUCCCCAAAUAAGUUUCAUACACAUCGCAUUAAUAAUGACCUCACUUUGAUGGGAAAGACAGAGUCGCACUGAAUCUAUUUAUACCAAAUCAAUAAAAUUUGUGGUGUUUUCUGACACAGUGAUAUAAGGAGCUCAAUUCUUUAUCAUCACAUGAGCUGUGUUACCUGCUACUGCUCUUCCCUUCUCUCACUGCCGCUGAUCCAGCACGGGCAGCAGCCGCAUGGACAGGAGCGCCAGCGCAGGCACAGCUCUCUGUGACUGUGGUUUUCACCUCCUGCUGCCACGGCCAUCCCUAGCAUGAAUCUAAAAUCUCUGAGCACCAACCCUUUAUUCCCACUAGUUUCACUGGGAGCAAGUUAUUGUGUGAACCGGUGAAAGAUUUUGGUCAUGAUGAUCCAAAACUGUCUCCUCACUGCGAACAAGCCCUGCUAGUUACACAGAAGCCAUUUAUUAAUUGCUGAUAGCAGGUUUUGAGAUAAUUUUUAAAAAAAAAAAAAAAAAAGGCAUUUCUUUCUGCCUCACCAAGAGUGUUUUUACAAGUCAGUUCCAAGUUUGCAAUAUGCUGCUGUUUUGGCAAUCACAAAUGUGAAACAACCAAGCUCGCAGUGGGUUGUACCCCUGUUCCUGCCAGGUCACUGCGAGAAGGGAAGCAAAUAUGAAUUUUGCCACAGGAGAUUAAUCAAAGAUGCUGUUGCCCUCCACAAUGUAAAUUAUUUAUAUUCAGUCCUGAGUUUUCUGCCAUGCUUCUGUUUUAUACAGCUGUAAAUUACUUGGAUACAGCCCCAGUGGAAAGUCCCUACUAUUUUGUAAUGGAAAAAAGGAACUCUGCAGUAGAAAUCUAUAAUGAAUGAACAGGAACAUCAUCUUCCAAUUGUAAAUAAGAUCUUGUUCUGUUUAUUUUGACAUCUUUUUACAAAUGUGUUGCAUUCAGGUGUAAAUAUCCCAAACCAUGAUCUUGUUCAGCGUUCUGAGAUUUCUAUUGUUAAAUGUAACACUUUGUUUAAUAGUUGUAAUAAUUAUUUGUAUAGAUAUGAACAUGAUAGUAUUUUAUUAAAAAAAAAAGAAAA